GCCACAUUUCGCUCAUGCACUAACGCAUGCAACAGAGUAUGUCAUCUCUUCCGGCCAUCUUCAUCCUCCUGCUCCUGGUUUGUUCCUGCAACUCCGAUGACCGGCUAACACCCACUAAGCCGCUCUCGCCCGGCGACGAGCUCAUCUCCACCAAUGGCAUCUUUGCCCUUGGCUUCUUCUCCCUGCAAAGCUCAGCCGCCAACACAUAUUUAGGCAUAUGGUACCAUAACAUCUCGGAGCGAACAUAUGUGUGGGUGGCCAACCGCGACAACCCGAUCACGAGCAGUUUGCCCGGGAAGCUGGUCGUGACCAACACCUCUGACCUCGUCUUGUCCGACUCCGACGGCCGUGUCCUCUGGGCGACGAAGACGACGACGAAGACGAACACGCUCACCACCGGCGUGGGGGCGGUGCUGCUGGACACCGGCAACUUUGUCGUGCAGUCGCCGAACGGCACGGAGAUAUGGCAGAGCUACGACCAGCCGACCGACGCGUUUCUCCCGGGAUUCAAGCUGUGGGUGAACUACAAGACCCACGUAGCGGCGCGCAUCGUGGCGUGGAAGGGCCCCGACGACCCGUCCACCGGCGAGUUCGUCUUGAGCGGCGACACCAGCACGGGGCUCCAGAUCCUGACCUGGCGAGGGACGAGCCUCUACUGGCGCGCCGGGGUGUGGAACGGCGCCACGGCCACCAGCCUCACCAAAUCCUUCUUGUCCCAGAUGAUCGACGACGGAGAGGUGGCCUACUUCACUUACAACAGAGCCGACGACUCGGCCCCGGCGAGGUCGCACUGGAAGCUCGACCACACGGGCGACGUGAUCUUCAGGGUGUGGGUCGAGGGGUCAUCUUCGUCGUCGUGGGUGCCCCUGUUCCAGCGGCCGGGCAAGGGGUGCCUCGUCUGCGGCGCGUGCGGGCCGUUCGGCUACUGCGACGUCAAAGGGGACGACGUCCGGCAGUGCAUGUGCCUCGACGGGUUCGAGCCGGCCGACGGCGGCGGCGGCUCCUCCAAAGCAGGGUGCGUGAGGAAGGAGGCGCUGCGAUGUGGUGGCAACAGCUACUUCCUGACCUUGCCGGCGAUGAAGCUGCCGGACAAGUUCGUCUACUUGAGGAACAGGAGCUUCGAGGAGUGCGCUGCGGGCUGCGACCGCAACUGCUCCUGCACGGCGUAUGCUUACUCCAACGCGAGCGACAUCCUCCUGGCAUCCAAGUGCUUCCAUUGGACAGGAGACCUUGUCGACAUGGUGAAAGCUGACUAUACAAGUGACCACCUGCAUCUUCGGUUGGCCGGCAACGGGAACAAUUUUGCAGGAACCAACAAGAAGAUCAGUGGUGUCCAUGUGGUAUUUAAGAUUGUACUCCCACUUAUAGCAUUCUUGCUGAUACUCACAUGCAUAUGUCUUUUCUGUAUAUGCAACCCCAGAGGUAAUUUAUCUACAAUAUGCUUAGCAUUGUUCAUUUGUCCUACAGUUGAGUUUGCAUUCCUGAUAUUUUCUGUAGGCAUACAUCGAAACAAUGGAGCCCUGCAGGUACACCUGAGAGCUUCACAAGAAGUUUGGGAUCAAAGUCUAGAAUUUCCGCGGAUAACGUUCGAAGACAUUGCUGCUGCAACAGAUAGUUUCCACGACACCAACAUUCUUGGAAAAGGAGGUUUUGGGAAAGUUUAUAAGGGAACAUUGCAAGAUGGCAAGGAAGUUGCUAUUAAAAGGCUUAGCAAGGGAUCUGAGCAGGGAAUAGAGCAUUUCAGAAAUGAAGCCGUUCUUAUUGCCAAACUGCAGCACAAGAAUCUUGUUAGACUCCUUGGAUAUUGUAUUCAUGAGGAUGAGAAGUUGCUUAUAUACGAAUACCUACCCAACAAAAGUCUAGACAAGUUCCUUUUUGAUAAUGCAAGAAAAUCUACACUCAAUUGGACAAGAAGAUUUAGCAUAAUCAAAGGGGUAGCCAGAGGAUUACUAUAUCUACACCAAGAUUCGAGAAUGACGAUAAUUCACCGAGACCUCAAACCGAGCAACAUCCUGCUAGACUCGGAGAUGAACCCAAAGAUAGCAGAUUUUGGAAUGGCGAGGAUCUUUGGAGGCAACGAGCAACACGAAAGUACCAAACAUGUAGUUGGGACAUAUGGUUACAUGUCACCUGAAUAUGCGAUGGAGGGAAUCUUUUCAUUGAAGUCUGACACCUACAGCUUUGGUAUUUUGCUGCUGGAGAUUGUAAGUGGAUUAAAGAUCAGCUCACCUCAUCAUCUUGUAAUGGAUUUCCGGAAUCUCAUAGCAUAUGCAUGGAACCUAUGGAAAGAUGGAAAACCAAUGGAUUUCAUGGACGCAACAAUCACGGAGAGCUACUCCCCUGAUGAAGUGUCAAAGUGCAUCCACAUUGGAUUGAUGUGUGUGCAGGAUAGCCCCAAUGCUAGGCCACACAUGCCAUCGGUUGUGUCCAUGUUGGAUAACGAAGCCAUGCCUCGCACAAUGCCAAAGGAACCUAUGUAUUUUGCACAAAGAACAGUUGAAGGCUUGGAAAUGUCUAUCAAUGGUGCUAGCCUUACAACGCUAGAUGGUCGCUGACUGACUGGCCUAAGGUUCUGGUAUCAUAGUGGAGUAUCGAUAUAUUUUUCUACCAACUGAAAAAUACAAAUGUAACGAUGUAUACAUACUCCCUAUAUGCUUGUGAUAUUCAUUGAUGGCUAUAGGGUGUGGAGCUUUAUUCUUUA